AUGAAUAGGGAAACGAUACAGAGCCAUCGAACCCUUCGCCGAUUCACCAUCCGAGAAACAAACAGUCGCCGACCUGGAGAGAAAGACAGCGGCGCUGUCGGCUGCACGGGGUCGUCGUCGACUGCACGGAGUCAUCAUUGUCAGCUGCAUAGAGUCAUCGUCGUCGGAUGCACGAAGUUGGCGGCGGCUGCACGGAGUCGAUCAACGGAGCUGUACAUAAUCAUCCUUCCUCCUGGCCUCGAUGGAAGCUUGCGGCUGCGGCGGGUUUGA